GCACGGUUGCUGCACGGCUGCCGCACGGUUGCUGCACGGCUGCCGCACGGCUGCCGUCCGCAGGUGGUCGGGGAAGGAGUCCAGCGAAGGCACUCGGCAAGGAAAGGGAGAAUGGACAGAGGGUGGGGAACCAAAGGAGCUGAAACUCCAGGCAAAUCAGAGACGGAAGAGUCCGACUGAAGUGUAGAUGAAGUGUGUGCUGGUGGCCAGUGAUGGGGCCGAGGUCCUGUUCUACUGGACAGACGAGGAGUUCGAGGACCGCCUACGCCAGAGGUUCGGACUCUCGGAGCACGGGGAGGAAGAGCUUCCUAGUCUUGAGGAUAGUCUCACUACCCUCCUGGCCCCCCUGAUCAUCUCCUGCGUGACAAUGCUAGAGAAGAUCUCAGAUACAUACACCUGCUUCUCAGCAGAGAAUGGAAAUCACCUGUAUGUCCUACACCUGUUUGGUGACUGCUUGUUCAUUGCGAUGAACGGCGACGGCACGGAGGGCGAGGACCAGCUGCGGCGGAAGUUAUACGUGCUAAAGCAGCUGACUGAGAUGCACUUCGGACUGGUCACCCUGGAUGGUCAUGUCAUCAAAAAGGAGCUGCGCCCCUCCGACUCGGAACAGCGUGGCCAGGUGUGGGGGCUCUUCCAGAGCCUGCUCUCCACAUACAGCCGCCUGCAGGAGGAGGAACAGAGCUUUGCCGUGGAGGCAGUGGAGAGGCUGAUCCAUCCCCAGCUUUGCGAGCAGUGCAUUGAGAUCCUGGAGCAGAAGGUCGUCCAGCACAUCAACACUAGCCCCGAGCACGGUGGGGAAGAGGUCCUGCACGCCUUCCUCCUGGUCCACACCAAGCUGCUGGCCUUCUACUCUGGCCACUGUGCGAGCAACUUACGCCCAGCAGAUCUCCUGACCCUCAUCCUCCUGGCUCAAGACCUUUACCCCCGGGACCGCUCGGCAGAAGAGAACGGCAUCCAGCCGACGAGGCCCGGGCCCUCGGAGCAGCGACCCGGUAGCAGCCAGAGCAUCCCUGUGCUGCCGCAGACCGAGAGGAGAAACUCCCGCAGAGACUCUGAGGAGACGGAGACUGACAAUACUUCGAUGUCAGAGGAAUAUUACACUCCCAAGCCUUCUCCCAGUGGAACGAGCUCAGGGAGUACCAUCUGGUUGGAGGGUGGGACGCCACCAGUCUGUGGGGAUGUAAGUACCGCCAGUGUCCAGAUAGCUGAGGACACACUGCAGACUCUGAUACCUCCCUUGCCCGCAGCCUCCAAUCCCAGAAGAGUUUUCCUUAAUGCCAGUGUACGGGAGAACUACUGUCCAGUGAUGCCCCACACCAUGUACUGUCUGCCCCUCUGGCCCGGAAUGUCAAUGGUGCUGCUGACCAAGAGUCCUAAUUGGCAUUUGGCCCUCUCCUUCUACCAACUCCUGGAUGGGUUUUAUGUGCUGGAAAAGAGGCUGAAGGAAGGGCAGGAGGGCGGGAGCAGCUUGAGGUCCCACCCUCUCCUGGGAGAUUUGCGCCAGAGGAUGGAUAAGUUUCUCAAGAACCGAGGCGGGCCGGAGAUUCAGAGCACGUGGCUGGAGUUUAAGAACAAGGUUUUCUCCAGAAGCGAGCCUGGAUCCUCUUGGGAGCUCCUCCAGGCCUGUGGGAAGUUGAAACGGCAGCUCUGCUCCAUGUACCGUCUCUACUUCCUGACCACGGCUCCGGGCCAGGGUGGGCCCUGUCUGCCCCAGAGCCUUCAGGACCAAGUCCAGAAGCUCAUGAAAGAAAAGCUGCUGGACUGGAAGGAGUUUCUGUUGGUGAAGAGCAAGAGAAACGUGACCAUGGUGUCCUACCUGGAAGACUUCCCAGGUUUGGUUCAUUUCAUCUAUGUGGAUCGCCUUGGUGGGCAGAUGGUGGCUCCUUCACUCAACGUCAACGAGAAGACCUCCUCAGAGCUCGGGAAGGGACCCCUGGCGACCUUCGUCAAAGGCAAGGUCUGGGCUCUGAUCAGGCUGGCACGACGAUACCUCCAGAAAGGCUACACCACGCUGACGUUCCGAGACGGAGACUACUACUGCUCGUACUUCCUGUGGUUUGAAAAUGAGAUGGGCUACAAACUACCAACCAUGGAGGUGCCAGUCCUGUCAGAUGACUCAGCCCCCGUUGGCAUGCUGGGGGGAGACUACUACAGGAAGCUGCUGCGCUAUUACAGCAAGAGCUAUCCGGCGGAGGUGGUCAAGUGCUAUGAGCUGAUGGCCAUCCAUCUGGCCAUCAUCCCCACAGACCUGGUGGUCCAACAGGCGGGCGAGCUGGCCCGGCGGCUGUGGGAGUCGUCUCGGAUCCCCCUGUUCUAGGCUGAGAGAGUAUUGAUGAGUCUGUUCCCCUGCCUCAGCCACUUCCCCCGUUGCCAAAGCCCCUCCUCCUCUGAAGGACUAUGGCUCUGUGGGGGACCGGCCCGCCUGGGAGCUCAGACGGAGGGCCACUGUGCCCCCGAUUGAGGCUACGGGACCAGACUCGUGAAAAAUCUUGAACUGGAGGGUGGAGGUUGGCACCCGGAUUUGAUGGGCGACUGCAGUGAGCGAGAGCUGCCUGCUCCAGGAGUCUGAGCCAGAAAAGAGCGAGACUGUGAGGGCCAAGCUCCACGUGGUCCAGAGGCUGCCCUGAGAAGGGCCUCCUUCACUCCGCAGCAGAAACCACAAGCAGGAGGAGCUGGAGGUGAUCCAUUACAAACUGUAGUUGCUAUAAGGAUCCCCUGCCAUGCCUGCUCUUGAUGGAGAGUGACCUCCAGGCCUUCCUCUUCCUCUCGGGGAGGAGAAAUCUAGUGCACCCUUGAUUUUGGGGGUGUAAGGGGCCUCCUCUGAGGGGAUCCUAGGGGUCUGUUCCUUCCUUUUCUCCUAUUCAGGACCCGAUCUCCUGCUAGACUUCCAGCUGGCCUCAGCCUCCUCAGGUGGCAGACUCCAUCCUUGGUUUGAAGAGGAGAAAUCUUAUUCUGCACUGAAGAGCAUCCACUGCAGCGACUGCCUCGCCCGCAGCGGCGGUUUCCAAGACCUGAUCACCGGCGAGUGCAAAUAGCGCGCUGGCCGGAGCCCUGGCCGCUGCUGCAGGGGCUGAGAAGACACAGCUGCACACACAAACGUUCCUCUUCCGGGCAAGGUGGCUACCUCCUCGUCCCGGAUCCCAGGGCUCCUCCUCUGGCCCACCUCUGAGGACGUCACGUGGCCCGGGAUCAAAUGACAAACAGAAGGUCAGAAAAGACACACCUCCAGGACUUCUGCAGGUCUGAGACAAAGUGACUGAAGUUUACACCGGGGAGGGUGAAUGGAAAUAAAAGUUGCAGAAGCCUCA